GAUUGACUUCGAGUCGUCUUUUUUUAUUCUUACCCACGCUAUAUUUCUGUAAUAUUUCCCUAUUUUUCUCACUCUAUAUAAACUCAUUAAACACCGUUGUCAUCAUCAUUCAUUCUACCAAUUAAUCCCAAUUAAUUAUUACAAUUUCACAAAAUCUGCAAAAUUUAAGUCUGAAAUGGCUGAUUCUUAUGAUUUGAGCGCUCUUCUUUCUACAGAGGAGAGAGAUUUUCUCAUUCGCAACAAUGGUGACCAGGUCAAAAUCAAUGAUCUGAGUGGAAAGACUGUGGGUCUGUAUUUCUCUGCAUCAUGGUGCCCACCUUGCCGUGGUUUCACCCCUACUUUGAUUGAAACAUACAAAGAACUCUCUGACAAGGGGGACUUUGAAAUCGUCUUCGUUUCAUCGGAUAGAGAUGACGAAUCCUUUCAGGGUUACUUCUCUAAGAUGCCAUGGCUUGCUGUUCCUAUUUCUGAUAAAGACACAAAAAAGAGCUUGGGGGAAAAGUUCAGUGUGAUGGGAAUCCCUCAUCUUGUGAUCCUUGAUAAAGAUGGGAAAGUCUCAACCAGUGAAGGGGUGGAAUUGGUCAUGGAAAAUGGUGCCCAAGCAUACCCGUUUACGCCGGAAAGAAUCAAUCAGUUGAAAGAGGAGGAAGAGGCUGCAAAGAGAAACCAAAACUUGAAAACACUUUUGGAAAAUGGAUCCCGAGAUUAUGUGAUUUCAAGUGAUGAAAAGAAGGUCUCUGUGAGUGAGCUUGAAGGGAAAAUGGUUGGCCUCUAUUUCUGUGUAGGCUCCUAUAAGCCCUGCACUGACUUCACCAAGAAGUUGGCGGAGGUUCACAAGGAACUCAAGGAGAAAGGCGAGAACUUUGACAUUGUAUUAAUCUAUUUGGAUGAUGAUGAUGAAGACGGUUUUAAGGAAGCGCUGGCACAACUGCCAUGUUUUGCCUUGCCCUUCAAGGAUAAGAAGAUUGAAAAGCUUGCUCGUUACUUUGAACUGGCAUCCAUUCCCAGAAUGGUCAUAAUUGGGCCAGAUGGAAAAACUCUAAAUCCAAAUGUUUCAGAACUGAUAGAUGAGCAUGGUGCUGCAGCCUACCCUUUUACUCCAGAGAAGCUGGCUGAGCUUGCUGAGAUUGAGAAAGGCAAACUUUUGUCGCAGACACUUGAAUCAAUUCUGGUUUCAGGAGAAAAGGACUAUGUCAUUGACAAAAGCGGUUCUAAGGUGCCUGUAUCUCAGCUUGUUGGGAAAUAUGUUCUUAUUUAUUUUUCCGCACACUGGUGCCCUCCAUGCCGAGCUUUUACACCAAAGCUUAUCGAAAUAUAUCAUGAAAUAAAGGCAAAGGAGAAUGCAUUUGAGAUCAUAUUUGUCUCCAGUGAUCGUGACCAGUCCUCAUUUGACGAGUACUAUGCAGACAUGCCUUGGUUGGCCCUCCCAUUUGGUGAUGAGAGGAAGACUUCCCUAUCACGUAAGUUCAAAGUGCGAGGUAUCCCAUGUCUUGUGGCAAUUGGACCAGAAGGUAGGACAAUUACUACUGAAGCCAGACAGCUUGUAGGAGCUCAUGGGGCAGAUGCAUUCCCAUUCACUGAGGAUCACAUAAAGAAUUUAAAAGAGAAAAUUGAGGAGAUGGCAAAGGGGUGGCCUGAGACACUGAAACACGAGCUUCAUGAACACAUGCUGGUGAAGACUCGUCGAGAUGGUUAUUAUUGUGAUGGAUGUAAUGAUCAAGGGCAUAGUUGGUCUUUCAACUGCAAGGAGUGUGACUUUGAUCUCGAUCCCAAAUGUGCCUUGAAGAACGAGAAAACUGCAGAAGAGGGUGACGAGGGCAAGUUAGAGACCAAGGAAGGAUAUGUCUGUGAAGGUGAUGUUUGUCGUAAAAUCUAGAUAUGCACCUCUUUGGCGAGCCUAAUGAGGGUCUUUGGAUUUAAGGCUGUUUUCUUGUGUGUGAUUUGUAACUAAUGAUGCUUUAUGAAUAAGGUUAUUUGCAAGGAGUGCAUUAGCUGGUUGUGUUGAGAUUUCCUUCUUGAUCUGUAAAUUGUACUUUCAACAUACUUUCAUUGAAAGUAGUCAAUGUGAGUUAUGAUUGACUAUUAUGAAUGAGAUGGAUCCCAGUAUUUUAACAAACUGU